GCGCGCGCUGCUCAGGCAAGGAGGAGGGCCAGGGGCGCGCGGCGCGCGAGUCUGGGAUCGGAGCGCGCGGAGCUCGGGAGCCCGAGGAGGGAGAGAACCUCAAGGGGGCCGCGCCGGGACCGCCAAGAGCGCACGAGCCUCGCAGGCUGCAGGCCAGGGAAGCGGGAGCCACCCCCGCCGCCGCCGCCACCACCGGCCACCAAGGGCGGAGCUACGGCCCGGAGGGCCAUGCGCCACCGGGUCCGGGGAUCCCGGCCGCGGUCCGGGCAGCGCUCCUCCGGCGCCCCGGCCCGCACGGCCGAAGCUGCGCGCCUGUAGCCCGAGGCUGCCAUGGAACCAAAGCCAUGAAUGGUGCCACCCCAGGCUCGGCCGCCGCCCCCGCCCCAGUCCCCGACUGGCGGCAAUUCUGCGAGCUGCACGCGCAGGUGGCUGCUGUGGACUUCGCUCACAAGUUCUGCCGCUUCCUUCGGGACAACCCGACCUACGACACGCCUGACGCUGGGACCUCAUUCUCCCGCCACUUUACAGCCAAUUUCUUGGCCGUCUUUAGCGAGGAGGUACGCCGCGUGCUGGGGACAGCAGCUGACACUAUGGAACCCGAGCCUGUGGUGACCUCGGUGACAUCAGCGCUCAAGACUGCAACCUAUGGCCACUCCCGCAGCUCCGAAGAUGUGUCUGCCCACGCGGCUACCAAGGCGCGUGUCCGCAAGGGCUUCUCGCUGCGUAACAUGAGCCUGUGUGUAGUGGACGGAGUGCGCGACCUGUGGCACCGGCGCUCGUCCCCAGAGCCGGAGGCUGGGACCACCCCUAAGGCCUCCGAGUCUGCGUCCGAGCCUCGUGACAAGUGGACGCGACGCCUGCGGCUGGCACGAACCCUGGCAGCCAAAGUGGAGUUAGUGGACAUCCAGCGGGAGGGAGCCUUGCGCUUCAUGGUAGCAGACGACGCGGCCUCAGGUCCUGGGGGCACCGCGCAGUGGCAGAAAUGUCGCCUGCUCCUUCGAAGGGCUGUGGCUGGGGAGCGCUUCCGCCUGGAGUUCUUUGUGCCACCCAAGGCUUCCAGACCCAAGGUCAGCAUCCCCCUGUCGGCCAUCAUCGAGGUCCGAACCACCAUGCCCCUGGAAAUGCCUGAGAAGGACAACACAUUUGUGCUCAAGGUGGAGAACGGAGCAGAGUACAUUCUGGAAACGAUAGACUCGCUACAGAAGCACUCGUGGGUGGCUGACAUCCAGGGCUGUGUGGAUCCUGGGGACUCUGAGGAAGACACGGGGCUGUCUUGUGCACGGGGAAGCUGUCUGGCCAGCCGCGUGACCUCCUGCAGCUGUGAGCUCCUGACAGACGCAGACAUGUCCCGGCCCCCAGAGACGACGACAGCGGUGGGUGCUGUGGUCACAGCUCCACACGGCCGAGCUCGUGACACUGUGGGAGAGUCCCUGGCCCAUGUUCCCCUGGAGACUUUCCUGCAAACCCUGGAGUCUUCAGGUGGUGUCAGCGAGAAUAGUAACACAGGGGAUGAAGGAGCUGAGCUGGACCUCGAUGCUGAGGCUGAGCUGGAACUCUCUGACUACCCCUGGUUCCAUGGGACAUUGUCCCGGGUGAAGGCCGCCCAGCUGGUGCUGGCCGGUGGCCCCCGGAGCCACGGCCUCUUUGUGAUCCGCCAAAGUGAGACUCGGCCUGGAGAGUGUGUGCUGACCUUCAACUUCCAGGGCAAGGCCAAGCACCUCCGCCUUUCUCUGAAUGGUCACGGCCAGUGUCAUGUCCAGCACCUGUGGUUCCAGUCAGUGUUCGAUAUGCUUCGUCACUUCCACACCCACCCCAUUCCCCUGGAGUCAGGAGGAUCAGCUGAUAUCACCUUAAGAAGCUAUGUGCGUGCCCAGGGCCCGCCUCCUGAUCCAGGGCCAGCGCCCAGUACUGCGGCCCCGGUCCCGGCCUGCUGGACGGAGCCAGCUGGCCAGCACUACUUCUCCAGCCUGGCCACGGCCACCUGCCCACCCACUUCCCCCUCCAAUGGCGCUGGAGCUUCGUCGUCAUCUGGCUCCUCAUCCUCUGCCACGUCCAUGCCCCCACGCCCAGCCGAGGUGCCGCUCGGUGCACGCAGCCGCAGCAACAGCACAGAGCACCUGCUGGAGGCUGCAUCCGGAGCCACGGAGGAGCCCACGGACCCCACGCUGGGCCGCGCUCGUGCUGUGGAGAAUCAGUACUCCUUUUACUAGCUGUCAUGCCUUUUACCCACGGGUGUCACGCACAUCACAGCAGGCUAAGAACCUGUUGUCUGUCCUGCCUACCCACAGCCUGGCUAGUCCAUGAUGGUCAGCAACACCUAACGAAUGGCUAGAUAUACCUAUCCAUGGUCUAGCAUGGCCAAAACAGCUGGCCAGCCUAGCCACUUCAGACCCCAGGGGCCCAUUGUGACCAUGUGUGGCAGGCCAAGGCUAUAUCCACGGUCGAUCAAACCCACGAUAGCCCUCCAAUGAUUUCAGGCCCCACCCACUGGUGGUUGGCCACGCCCAUCAGCAGCUAUUUCUAUAAAGUCCAUCCGAUCCAUAACAGGCAGCUCACUGACAACUAGCCACAUUUGGUGACUUCAGGCCUUCGCCACUGAUGGUUGGUUACUCCUACAGUGGCAUGGCCUACCCACUGGCUGCCUGCUUCGCUCAAGGGGCAGCAAGCCACGUCUAUCAAGUCCAUGAAGGCCUACCCACUGAUUCCUAACAACCUCAGGCCCUGGCCACCAGUUUUGGGUCACAUACUCCAAUAGCCUGACCAGGCUGUGGUCCACCUAGCCUAGGACAGCCCGCCAAGCCCACCAGCCCCAGCCUAAUGCUGGGGGGAAAAAGCCAAGCUCUUCAGUGAAGACAAACAUUAUUAAAGAGCCUGUUUUAGGGACUACC